GCCAUCUCCACACCAAAAUCAAAGCAACGAAGAAACCAUGAGGAUUCUAUCGGCUCGCCUCGUGAAAGGGAGAAUGCUGUCACUGUAUCCUUCUCCUCAAUCCCGCGGUUGGUGUUCAUCCAAAGGUUCGCGCGAGAUUCGUGUCACGGAGACAGGAAACCGUGGAGAAGUUGAAGAGAUCCUGACGAAACGGGUGGACGCAAUAGAUGAGCAGAUGAGAGAGAUGAGGCAGGACAUGCGUGUGAUGAAGAGCAAGCUCUGGGAAAUAUCAAAGGAGACCCAAGAUUUGAUGAUGUUCAAAGUAACCUGCACCUCACGAAACCCGACUCAAAAACACCAAGGCAAGCAAGGAGACGAGGAGGAUGUUUAUAAGUAUAUUGUGCUGCUCCCGAUUUUCUAUGCUGUUCCGCUGUUAAUGUAUGGCCGAUUUUAAUUUUGUCGGCUUUUUGGAAUCGCACUGUAAUUCUCAUGUGUUGGUUAUGCUUUGUUUUAGUCUCUCUCUCUCUCUCUCUCUUUUAAUGAUAAAUCGUGAGUUGGAACACGAGUUGACUCAGUGAA